CUAUCAACGACAGGCAAAGGCUGGAGAGCGGUUCUAUCGAAGCACUAUAAGCACUACAGUGUGCUGAAGCGGUUACGGUGCUUGGAGUGGGCCUUGGCGCCCCACCAAUUAAAUGAACAGUGAUGCUGAGGAGGAACUUCUUCAUGAUGCUCGGAAUGGAAAUUUCAAGGAAGUCCGAGAACUAUUAAAAAACAUCAGAAAAGGACAAAUGGUGGUUAAUAUCAAUUGCAAAGGAAAAAGUAAAUCUAAUCUAGGAUGGACUCCUCUCCACCUUGCAUGUUAUUUUGGACAUGUUCCAGUGGUGGAACAUUUAUUAAAGGCGGGAGCUGACCUCAAUAUUCAGAAUGAUAUGGGGGACACUGCUUUACACAAGGCUGCCUUUACUGGACGUAAGGAACUUGUGUUGUUAUUGUUGGAACACAACGCAGACACUACACCUAUAAAUGGAGAGGGACAAACUGCAAGAGACAUCACAGAUGACAAAGAGAUAAAUGCCAUGUUGGAAGCUGCACAACGCACUCAAGAAAAGAAAGUAGAAGACAUGCUUCUUGGAGCGGCACGAGAAGGAAAUGUUGUAAAGCUCUCAGAACUGUUAAACAAAGCCAUACCACCAGAUAUCAACUGCACUGAUCAAAUGGGCAACACUCCACUGCACUGUGCAGCAUACCGUGGGUUGAAACAGUGUGUCGUGAAGCUUAUGAAAAAUGGGGCAGAUGUUAACAUCAAGAAUAAAAAACAUCAGAAACCGAUCGACCUUGCACAGAAUAUAGAAAUAAAGCAAAUUCUACAGGCCAGGAUUAGCAAGUAUAUAAUCAAAACAUUACAUCGAUUUGAAGGCCCUCUAGGCAAGAGCUCUCGUUUUUUUGGUUGGAAAGUAUUUUGGGUAGUACUGGAACAUGGAGUAAUUUCUUGGUAUCAAAAACAAGCUGAUGCAGUAAACCAAGUGCAUCGCCAAGGGUGUAAACAUUUGACACAAGCAGUCUGCUCGGUAAAAUCGACAGACAAAUAUUCGUUCUCUGUUAAAUGCUUUGAUGACAGCAUACAUCAUUUUAGAGUGCUGCCAAAACACCUCAGUCACACGAGAGAGGAAUGGAUGACUGUGAUUGAGGAGCACUCUGCCUAUAGCACUCAUUAUUGUUCUCAAGACCAGAUCAGUGAUGAUGAAGAGGAGGAGGAAUUGGUCCCCGAAGAAGAUUUAAAGCAGGCACUUGAGGAAGCCCAACUAUGUCAUCAAAAACUAGAAAGCGAAGUGUCCGUGUUUCUCACUGAAGUAAGCGCAUUGGAUGCUACAAAAGGAAUUGAUUCUGCCAUACUCCAACAAGUUUUAGGUUCAUCACAAGAAACAUGUACUGCACUGAGUAAUUGUCUUAUCCUCUUCCUGAGGCAAGAUAAGGCUAGGAAUUUCAAACUAAAGCACGAGCAGGAAAAGACGAAGAUCUUAUCAGAGGCAUUACAGACCUUGGCUUCUGAACACCACGAAUUGGAACAGUCACUAGUUAAAGGAACACCUCCACAUCACAGUAUUCUCAGUGAGGAUGAGUUCUAUGAUGCAAUAUCAGAUUCAGACUCUGAGCAAUCCUUGAGUGGAUUUGAAACCGUUGCAAAUUCUUCUCCAGAAGACAGUUUGAAUUUAAGUUAUUGUAAGAAAGGCAGCAUGUCUGAUGAAAAGAAGCCUGGAGGAGGUGACUCUACAUCUAAUGGCAUUAAAAAGCACAGAACAAGCUUGCCAUCACCAAUGUUUUCCAGAAAUGAUUUCAGUAUUUGGAGUAUUUUAAGAAAAUGCAUUGGAAUGGAACUGUCUAAGAUCACAAUGCCUGUUAUAUUUAAUGAGCCCCUAAGCUUUCUGCAGCGACUCUCUGAAUAUAUGGAGCAUACAUACCUCAUCCAGAAAGCAAACCAGUGCCGUGAUACAGUGGAGAGAAUGCAGUGUGUAGCUGCCUUUGCGGUCUCAGCUGUUGCUUCGCAGUGGGAACGUACAGGGAAGCCGUUUAAUCCUCUUCUUGGCGAAACCUAUGAAUUGGUUCGUGAGGAUCUUGGAUUCAGACUAAUUUCAGAGCAAGUAAGCCAUCACCCACCAGUCAGUGCUUUCUAUGCCGAAGGGAUUGACAAUGACUUUGUGUUUCAUGGAUCCAUUUACCCAAAACUGAAGUUCUGGGGAAAAAGUGUAGAAGCAGAGCCCAAAGGAAUAAUAACUCUGGAACUGCUCAAAUACAAUGAAGCCUACACAUGGACAAAUCCGACCUGCUGUGUGCAUAACAUUAUAGUGGGCAAACUGUGGAUUGAGCAAUAUGGUAAUAUGGAAAUUACCAAUCACAAAACUGGAGAAAAGUGCAUUUUAAAUUUUAAGCCUUGUGGUCUUUUUGGAAAAGAAUUGCACAAAGUAGAAGGAUACGUUCAAGACAAAAGCAAAAAGAAGAUUUGUUGUUUGUAUGGCAAAUGGACAGAGUGUCUGUACAGCAUUGACCCGGCUACAUUUGAGUCUUAUAAAAAGAAUGAUAGAAAGAACGGGGACGAUAAGAAAAAUUUGAAGCAGGCUGGGAGUGGUGAGGAGCCAGAUGAGAUGCCAUUACCAGACUGUGAAAGUGUCCAUGUUAUUCCAGGAAGCACUCUGCUGUGGAGAAUAGCCCCUCGACCACUAAACUCUGCACAGAUGUACAACUUCACUCAUUUUGCACUUGCUUUAAACGAGCUGCAUAAAGGUAUGGAGAGUAUAAUUCCUAAAACAGACUGCAGACUGCGUCCAGACAUAAGGGCAAUGGAAAACGGAGACAUUGAUACGGCAAGUGAGGAGAAGAAAAGAUUAGAAGAGAAGCAGAGAGCUGCACGCAAGAAUCGCUCCAAGUCUGAUGAGGACUGGAAAACAAGGUGUGGAUCAACACCAUACAGGUGGUUCCAUCAAGGUUCAAACCCACACAAUGGUGGCCAGGACUGGCUGUACUCUGGAAACUACUGGGACAGAGACUACAGUAAUUUACCAGAUAUUUAUUAAACAAGGCACCCAGCAGAAAGAGGGGGAAAAA